GAAUCCCUACCCAGAAUUGCGCAGCAGGGUUGCGCAGACACACUGCCCAAGGAGCGCAGCCAUUAUCCAGCUCCGCAACCCGGACUGCUAAGCUUCAUUACAUUCAGCAAACGAAUAACACCACAAAAACACCCCUGGCAAUCUCAUUCCUGAAAAUAACAUACUAUUUUCAUGUUUGUGUCCUGGUGCAAUGCAUUAAAAAAGAGGUUUCAACGCCUGAAGAUAUAUAUUUUUUCUAAAACUUGCAAAACUAGCUGGAUGAACCGAUACCACAAUAGCUUUUGGGUGAAUGUGGUGGCAGGAAUGAAAAUCUGUAGAAACGUUCUCGGCGAAUAUCCUGUGUUAUCCAUUCUCAAGCUUCUCACGUUUAUAUAGAUAUCUGGUGUACAUGUAGAGUUUUAAAGGAGUGAACGAUAGCUCGGGGACUGAAUUCUCCCUGGACGUCAAGGUAUCCCCGCUGUGUGGCAAAGACUGCGAGCUUUCAGCAGAGUGCGGUCCGUCUGUUCCCGGAGGAGCGAAUCAGUGCCCCGUCCUCCUGCUAUCCCAGUAAUCCUCACCAGCUUGGUGGCCACCAGGAGCAGCCCCAACAUCGUUCCAGUCAGCUCCACCGGCCCGCCCCAGCUCGCGUUGCCUGGGUGACAGCUGCACAUGUUUCUCCAGCUGUGUGUGUAGCACGUGCUGGAAGGGUUGAUGUGUCCUAAGAUACAAGCCUCUGCACCAGUUUCCACUAAAUAUUCCAAACUCCAGUAUCUGAUGAUUAAUACUCUGACGAAUGACCUAUUCCUAUUUCUGGGGUCCUGCUGUUUAAACUUUAAAGGAAGUAAAUCAUUAGUAUAACAUUACUUUUACCUUUUUUAGCAGUUACUUUUAGCGAAAGCGACAUGCAUUUUUGGAGUCAGCAGCAUCAGCCAGUACCUGGAGCAUUUGAGGGUUUACAGCAUCACACGAGGAUCUAAUGGUGACAUCACUCUAUUGACACUGGGAUUUGAAACAACAACCUUUUGAUCACAGUCAUAGUACCCGAACCCACUGAGCUAUACACUGUCCCAGAAGGCUAAAUUUCAGGGUUAUGCAUAUUUCAAAUAGGGUGAUUUUGUGAUUAGUAUUAUACAUGAAAUCGCAAGCUUCGGGUGGUCUGUGAUUGGUGUCGAGAGACUUGUGUGAUGCAUGUCACCUGGGCUACGGCAUCGCUGAGGCUGCAGUAGAUCACACCACGGUGAGGUUUAUGAUGGAAUGACGUGGGUCCUUGCUUCUCCAGCCCCUACGCUGGCAGAGAUGCACAGCAUGUCAGCCAGCGACAGCGAGAUGAGCCCCCGGUUCAUCCUGCAGCCACCGGCAGCCGAGAUGCUCCCCGCCACCGAGUUCACGCACCAGGCCAUCGUGCGCCUGAUCGAGGCCGUGGGCCGCCGGCUGGACUUGUACGGCUCGCGGGAGCGAGCCCGCCUCUUCCACAGCGUGCAGCAGGAGCUGGAGGCUCAGGGUCACUGCCUGCCCGUAGAGAGGAUCCGCCGCAAGUGGAACAACCUCAUCGUCACCUACAAGCGGGUGAAGGACAGGAGCCGUGAGACAGGCCAGGCCAAGACUUCCUGGGAGUAUUACGAGAUGAUGGACGCCAUGUUGGGGAAAACCAUCGGUGCCCACAGCAGUGCCCCUGCCUCGGUGACGCUGGUCGACAUGGCGACUGUUGCCAAGGCCACUGCCACCACAGAACUGUCCUCAUGCAGCAACAUGGCCAACAAGCCCAGCUUGUUCCCUGGGGGGCUCAUGGGCACGUGCGCCCAUGUCCCCUCGCAGUUGCAGCCGGCGACUCACAAUGGUGCUGCCAGACCACCGGGCAAUGCCGACGCCCUGCAGCCCCAGCUCGCGGCAGGACCCUGCCGUUCGCGAGCACGGCCCAGGCUGAGGGGCGGGGCCUCCUCCUCCGCGGCGGCCGGAUGCUUCCUGUCCCAGCAACAUGGGCAGGCGGGAAAUCGCACCACCCUGCUGAAGAAUUUUCUGUCCGCCCAGAAGGAGCAGGGCCAGUUGGAGGAGGAGCAGCAGCGCAGGGUGGAGGCACGGGAGAAGAGGAGGGAGAAGAGGGAGGUCAGGAUGACUGACGCGCUGGGCCGCAUGGCUGCUGCACUGGAGCUGGUGUCCUCUAAGCAGGAUACAAUCAUUGCCCUCCUGCAGAGGCUGGCUGACAAGCCAUGAUAGACCCUCACUGGGCAGAGUGCAGAGGUGUGACUUGUGAUGUUCUGUGCCUUAGAUAUGGUUCCUACAGAUGUUCUGUGACUUAGGUAUGGUUCCUCCAGGUGUUCUGUGACUAAUGGUGUGGUCCUUACAGAUCUUCUUUGCCUUGGGUGUAGUUCCUACAGAUGUUCUGUGGCUAACGGUAUGGUUCCUCCAGGUGUUCUGUGACUAAUGGUGUGGUCCUUACAGAUCUUCUUUGCCUUGGGUGUAGUUCCUACAGAUGUUCUGUGGCUAACGGUAUGGUUCCUCCAGAUGUUCUGUGACUAACGGUGUGGUCCCUACAGAUCUUCUUUGCCUUGGGUGUAGUUCCUACAGAUGUUCUGUGGCUAAGAGUAUGGUUCCUCCUGAUGUUCUGUAACUUAGGUAAGAUACCUAGAGAUGUUCUGUGUCAUAGGUGCAGUUGCUACAGAUGUCCUGUGGCUUUGGCGUGGCGAGUAUGGAUGUUCAUGUCAUACUUCUUUUGUGUAGGGGUACCUCACAGUCAGGCCUCAUAAGCCUUAUAAUCAGUUUGUGACGGGAGUCACACACCCCGUUUCUAUGGCAACAAAAGUGACGUUCUGUCUUAGGCUGGUAUAGCUUUCUAUCAGGGAAGACGUGUCUUGUGUCUUGUGUCCUGCCUCCUGUUACAAGGAGGCCUGCACCCCACACAGUUCCCUUUAUUCUGUUAUAAUGCUUGGGAAUAAUGGAAAUAUACAAAUCCCUUCAGUCAAAGGAGGCUGACGUGCAAUUUGUAUUAUUUUUCUUCUCAAGCUGAAGUCAUGUUUUUCAAUUUCUUCCACUUCUCGCACUCUUGUUUGCAUAAUGAAACACAAGCUGACAUAGUUCAAAGGUAAUUUGGGUAUAUUAAUCACAUUGUUGAAGUAUUAGUUGAUUCUUUAACUGCAUGCCCAAGAAUACACUACUUUAAAAAAUGUCUGAAUAUACUUAAAGUUGCAGUUGUGUCCGGCUUAUUGCUGAUAGAACAUGUUAACUUGGCCAUUUUGGAUUUGUAACUGGUUAUGCUGAAAAUGAAGGGUACCUGUAAAUGUGAGGAGACAGCAACAGAAAUACAGGAUUUGUUUAGCCAAGGUACACUUUUUAAAUUUCUUUCAGUUCUGUCUGAUACAUGUUUGUUCUAUAAGAUAGGAUGUGGUUGGUAGGAGUGCUGAGUCUGUAUACAGUAUAUACAUUUAAACUUGUUAAACUUUUCAA